UAUGAGUUACGUGCAGGGGAUACCGCACAGAUACUUGCCAUGUUGGGAGAAGCAGGAGUACAUAUACUUUGUGUUGCACCUUCCCAAAGAGCGCCACUGGGUGGCAGUUGAGGUGGAUAUCGAGAACUGGGAGAUCAUUGUAUAUGAUUCUGAUAUCGGUGCCACCGUUGAGGCAGCCAUGGAGUCAUAUUUGAAGCCUUAUAGCGAGCUCUUUGCAAAUCUAAUUCGAGAUAGCGGUUAUUUCCAAUACAACAAUUAUGUACAUCCGGUGGAGUUGGGCGAUCUCAGUCAGCUCCUACCCCUCCAUUAUAGACGAGCUACCUCGGAGGUUGUACCACAAACGAAGAGCAGUGGCAAUUGUGGAAUGUAUGCCAUGGAGCACAUUGAGCACUUGAUGCUGGAUCGGUCGUUGGAGCAUGUGCAUGAUGAUAACAUGCUCACCUUUAGACAUAGGUGGUGUGUGGACCUAUUUUACCAGAACUUAACGUGGUAGUUUUUUGUAGGUUUUUGCAAUGUUAAUCUUGUACACAUAAACUCCCCUUUUGUAAUUGUAUUAUAAUCUCACCAAAAUUAUAUAUAACAAGUAAAUUUAAAGC